AUGGCGAAAAUAGGAGUAGCAUUUUCUGGUGGAGGAAUUCGGUCAGCGGCUUUCUGUUCAGGCGUCCUGCGGAGAAUGCUUCAAAAGAACGUGGAGAUAGACUACCUAAGCUGCGUGUCAGGAGGUGGUUUCACAGGAUCUGCUUACAUGGAUUGGAAAUACAGACAUGAUAAAAAGGACGACAAGAAAUGGCAUCAGGAAUUUUUCAACCACAUGAGGCAAGAAGCAGGGUUUAUCUGUCACUGGCAAAGGCCAUGUAAAGCGAUCGUGGAGUCUAUGGCCUUGCUUGCAGUUGUUGUCUUUGUGUCUGUUAUUGUACCUGUGCUUUUCUUGGCUUCGAUGGCGUUUCCUUUGGCUUAUGUUAUAGACUUCUUAUUUGGUAGGAUUCUCAGAGGUGCUGAUCUGUCGUGUCCCCAAGAAGUACAACGAAACCCAAAGAUGACUUUACAGCAGUGCAGGGAAGAGCGAAGGUCGCCGUACGUAAUUUAUGAUCAAUUUGUACUGUUCAUUACACCGAUAUUUGUUGGUUUAGUAUCUAAUGUUCUUAAAAGGUGUAUUCCAAGGUCGAAGGGACUUUUCAAAUUUGUUUCUAUUUUUUGUGUAAUCUUCUUCGCACUUGUCUUUUUUCCGUGGUUCAUACAGGAUUUUCUUCGUGUUCUUCCAAAUUGGAUGAAAAUCCUUCUUAUUUUCUCGCUGUUUUUCGUGUGGAUUUCUUUCCCUCUCAACCGCUCAAUCGCCACACUAAUGCUUGGUGUAUACGUUAUUUCGUUUGUUGUUUUUUGGCGAGUCUACAAGGAGGACGCGUUAGGUGUUAAAUACGACAAAAAGAGUUUUGAUUUGCUCCUGGAAAUAUCAGUACUUUUAAACUGGAUUGGUCCUCUGAUGGUUACCAUUCAACAACGCCUAGGACAUGUAUAUGCAAGGUAAGAUUUCUCGGCAAAAAAAGACAAUUAAUUAACAAUUAAUGAAUGAGGCUGAGUAUCUUAUGGAGAAUUAUGGAGAUCAAGGAGGGUGUUAUCCGUCGAGGUCGUAGGCCGAGGCAGAUAACACCCUCCGAGAUCUCCAUAAUUCUUCAUAUGAUACGAAAGCCAUGCCAUGUUUUUAGCUAUAAUUUCGCCUAGUUCUUGCUCUUGAAACGAGUGAAAUGUCCGCCAUUUUUUGUUAUCACAACCAAAACAACUCAACCUCGUCCCCAGGUCUUCUCGGUUAACGGUGCCUUAACCUGGAAGAACGCUGCAUUUUUGACGUCAUUUCCUCGUUAAACACAAAAUUCUUCCAAAUUUGGUCAUCAGUAACUGGUUAUGGUGAAUUAUGCCUGUGCUUUUAGCCAAUCAGAAUCGGGGAAAUAUUUUGCAUGAAUAAUAAUUGAACUUAUUUUGAGGACCUGCUCAGUCAGUCGUCAUAAAACUAUCACAUAACUUAAGUGAAUUUUCUAAUCUUUAUUAAGAGAAAUUAAGACUUGGAUUAGUAAGUAAGUAAGUAAUCUUAUUUAAUCAGGGUAGUCCGUUCAGCAACGAGGCUGGUAUCCAUAGCGGCCCUGAGAAAUAAAAAAAGUAUACUAUUUAAAAAUUCCUAAGGUAUAUACAUGAUUAAAAUAGACAAUAAUACUGUAAAAAAUCUAGCUAAGCAGGAGCAAAGUCAAUAUUAAACGUGUGUGCUAAGAGAUAACAAAUUAAAAUUAUGAGGUAAAAUACUUGGUCAGCAUCUUUUUAAAACUAUUUACAGACGUGGCACUUUCAGCAUAAUUGGGUGAAUAAUUGAAAUAAAUAGCCCCUGCAUACUUUAAAGUUCUUUUGACCAUGUAAUGUUUAGGCUCUGGUGGGUGCAGGUCGUUGCUUCUCCUAGUUGCACGAUCGUGCAAAUCCGCAUUCCUUGUAAACUAUUGAGUAAAAUACUUGGGUACUAGAUUAUUUAAACACUUAAAAACUAGAAUGCAUUUAUGCAUUUUUCUUCUUGAAGCUAGAUUUUACCAGUUUAGCACACAGAAAGUGUCAUUUGAGGUGGUGUAACUCUUUGCAACACCCCUCCGAGGCUUCCCCCCACGCAGCAUCAACACCAACCCCAUUUAAAUCCCAGAACAUCCUUUUUAAAGACAGAGCAUUGGGUUCAAAUUUACUCCGACCAAAAGAAGAUUAAGUACAUCUAUUAUUUAUAAAAAUAAUAAAUAUGAGAAAAGCUACACAAUUUACUCCGAUUCUCUCCCCCCUUUCAUCCCUGACAUUUUAUGGGCCUCCCCCCCUCCCCUCCCCCGAGCUUCGCGAGUUUCUGCGAUAAACGUAUUUCUAGUUAGGUGAAAUCGUGUGUGUUCUGUCCCAGUAGGUCUGCGCCAUUGUUAAGACACUAACCUUGAUUGUUCAAACAGUAUCAUAUCAUGCAAUUAGAAGGAAAUACAGUCAACUCACUCUUAACAGUGGUGUCUAUCAAGAACGGACGCCUCCUUAAACGGAAACUGUAAGAACAUAUGUUAGAAUUGGCCCCUGCCCGGUUCUUUAAUUUAGUCAUUUUCUUUGACCCUCUCUAAGCCAGACACUUAGCUAUAGUGGCGGUUAAAAUAGGCUGUGUUGACAGUAUAUUUUAAUUAGCAAAACGUCAACAGUGAGUCACCUUGGGCUCUCAAUUUCCCUGUGUGCUUCAGGCAUUUUGUCUUUAUGUUUAAGGAAUAGUAGGCUAUCCCACAAUUAGACUUGAGCGGAGAAACUCAGGCAGUGCAGCAAAAGCUAGAGACCUCUGGCACCCUAAUCUUUGCCGUACUUCGUAAGAGGAGUUGAUGUUAUUUUCGCGGUCCGUGUUUUCUUCUUGGUAGGUGGGUAAUCCAGAAGGCAUUUUUCUAUCCAAAGACAGUGGGAAAGUGUGGAUGCGAGGGAAUCAGUUGGCGAAACCUUUUCCUUUACUGCCCAACCUGCUGUGAGGAGCCACAGGGUAAACUAACAAAUAUAAGAUCUACCAAAGCUUUAACUUUAGAUGAUUUAGAUGAGUUUACACCGACGUACAUUGGAUGCAUAACGAGUAACCACUGGAGACGCACCUCUUCCCCCAAAGAGCCUCACUAUGAAGUCUUUACAAUGAGUUCGGAGAGUAUUGAGCGUCUUGACCGCCCUCAGAGCGAGGAAGAACUUCUUGGAAAGCUGAUGCCUGUCGAUGUGUAUCUAUCUGAUGUCGCAGCCACAUCUGCGUCGGCCCUCAACUAUCACAUGGGAAGCAUGCAGGGCGAUGAAGAACCUUUCAAAGAUUUUAAAGUACUGCUUGGGUUGUCACUUGGCACAUCAAUCGUUUCUGAUGAAAAACACGAGAAAAAGAGGCCCUUCUGUGUUCAGGUGAGGAAUCUCAUGCAACAACAUAUUCAACUAUUUUAUCAAGGACAGAAACCAAUCUCCCGAAAGCGUCCAUCUCUUACUAAAGGUGGGCUGCAGAUCUUGUUAGGUUCUCGGGAUAUUCAUAAAUUUAUCUAUCACACCAAAAAAAUUCUCAAUUUAUAUAAUUAUGCUAAACUAAACAUCCCUCUAUAUCAUGAAUUUGUCGACGAGGAGCAGGCAAAUGAAGAAGUGAACUUAACAUUGAUAAAGGUAAGCAUGCUCUAGCUUGUUCAAAUUAAACUGUAAAAUAGCAUGAAAGAAUAAUAAAACAAUUAUUGGAUAAGGCUUUUUUGUGAUCUGAAGAAUUAUGCAGAGGACAUACUCAGCCUCAUCCAGUAAUUGCUAAUUACUUUCACCAAUAUUCGACAGUAACAUAACACGGCAUGCAUUAGUUUUUUUUUCCUAGUUAAUCCAUAGCCUGUUCCAGGCUCCGAGAUAGUUGGGUCCGCGAAAUUGAGAAAGCGCGGACGCUAAAAAUAAAACAGCAGGGAGAUUAGGGAGAGAAAGGGAGACCCUUUUGCCCAGAUCACGUGCCUUACACUUACGCGUCAUCCCUACUAUCUGAGAGCCUGGAACAGGCUAUUUCAACCCAAAAAAACCGGCCUGAAAACUAGCUUAUACUCAUAUAUACAUUUUUAACCAACACACCAAGGACGUUCGCGUCCACAUUAUUUCUUUCUUUAUAGAUUCUGCCUUUCUUGGUGGAGAUGCUCCGUGGACUUCCGUUGAUAGUUUUGUUUGCAGCUUACCUAUAUACUGGCAAUGGCUUUUAUAUUUUAGUGGGUUUUCUCGUAUCAUUUUCCUCUGGGAUCCUUUUUUCAUUAAUGGCGCUAAUACCUACAGGGAGUAAGCAUCGUGGGAGAAUGGAGCGAAUCGCCAGGUAAGAAUGAUUUUUUUCUGGUGUGUGCCUUAAAUCGUCAUUAUAGCCUUUUUUUAAAGAAGGAAACAAAUUUUUUAAAAAAGGUUUUGCCUGUAAGAAAACCCAGAGCUAUAUAUAAGUAAUCCACACUCAAGUGAUUCGCUUUGCAAGAGCAAAAACGUCUUAAAGGGAGAUUAAGAGCAAGACUUGUAGCAGUUUUUAAGGCUGAAUCUUGUAAUCUAUACUUUUUCAGGCGAGCGAAGGCAGGAGCGAAGCAAGCGAGAAGCUCGAGACACGUGCGACGUCGCGCAUGUCUCUCGCGCCCUACGCCCUCUUCGCGUUUGCCUCAGCUCGCCUGAAAAACGCAAUAAAAACAAACGUCGGUUAUGCAGGCUAUGUGUAGAAUAGUGUUCCAACAAGUGUUGCGUUGUUCAACACUGGUGGUCACUAAAGUUGAGAGAUGUUCAAUUUUCAUAGCCUGCGUUGCAGCCGUCCCAUUUUUUGUCGAGACUAAGGGCGCUUUCCAAAAGUCAGAACUGGCUGGCCAGACCAUGGCUGGAGCAGCAUUUUGACAAUGAAAUAGGCUUUUUCCAACAGCUCCUGCUGAAAAACCAUCUCUUUCGUGCAUAGUAUUUAGGAUUUGACGGAUCUGGUUAGAUAGUUUUGAUUAAAAGUAAAAUUAUCAUUACUACGGAAAUGGUCUGGCCGGUCAGUCCUGACAAAUGGAAAGCGCCCUAAGUUUAGAGUAAAAACCCUUGAAUGCAGAGGUCCACUCAACGCAAAAAUAAAAUCGACUGGUUUCUUAUUGCCGGAUCUCCAAUGUAGAGAUGCUAGAACCAGACGUCACUUGAAGUGAGAAUUAAAACUUAACUGAAUACAAGGCUGGCAAUACGGCAAAGGGCUGAUUUAUUUGGGGCCAAUAUUUCCGCUCACAAAAUUAGCCUUCCUCAGGGUCAGAGCUACACUGAAAGAAAAUUCUAUGAAAGACAAUUCUCUUCAAGGAUGGGUGAAACUAAACGCACGCUUCGUGAACGCUUGAAUUAACCCUAUUCAGACCGGGGGGGGGGACUUUUGAGGCUCCCCUCGCUAAAAAGUUGAAUAACUUCAAAACCAAUAAAUUCAGCGAUGUGACUCAUAAUGACGUCAUAUUACGUCAUUGUGUCAAUCAAGUUAUACAAAGAAGUUGGAAUGAUGAGUACAUUUUUGUGUGUAAUUUUUGGCGAUCGUAGGAUAAGCUGUUUUGAAGUUAUAGAGGGGGAGCCUCCGAGGGUCCCCCUGUCGCAGGAAGCAAAAAAAAAGCCCGGUCCCGAUAGGGUUAAAGAACAUAGGCAACCAACAAUCCACUCCACGCUAACGCCACUCCUGGUAUCAGCCACAAGUUGCUCCAAAUUUUCUUAAAAGUUGCCCCAGAAUUCUUUAAAAGUUGCCCGAAGUUGCUCGACUUUUCUAAAAGUUGCUCAAAAGUUGAUCCUUAAGUAAAAUCAAAAUGACAGCCAUAGCGAAGUACAAUAAUGUAAAAAUAAACUACUGCUUUCUUCGCUUUUUUUAUUUAACGCAUCUAACGGUCGGUGACGUUCAAAUGUGCAGCAACUGUGUAAAGUAAUUAAUUCCUACAGAAUCAGAGCACAAAAUAUUUUUACACAGAGACAAACAACAAUUUAAUCCUUCCUUAUGACAAUGUCCUUCUCUUGUUAAUAUUCUAGAAAAACUGUAUAUUAAACGUUACGCGUUUUCAGCAAACACUAAAUCAAUCAGUGUCAUUUGUGAGACGAAAACCAUAACAGAUCGAUAUCUUUCUUUUUCUCUCCCUCUUUGGUUUCAACUGUGCAAGUGCAUGCAUUCUCCUGCUCUGAUAAGGCAGAGAAGUCUUCCUCUGAACUAACCGUUCUGGACAUUUCUCGGUAUUUGCAGCCAUCUUGAAAACAUGGUUUUAUUUGGAAACCAUCGGCAUGGGUCCUGACCGCAGAUUUUUCCAUGUGAUGGGCGCGGCGGGGGGGAGGGAUAAAAAAAUCCGUUUCAUUAGGAUUUUUCGUUAAAACGCUCCGUUGUGGAUCAUAUGAGUCAAUAUUCCGUUUUUCGAUUUUAGUAACUGAAAGAAACGAAAUAUCCGAAAUAUUACUAAAAUCCUGAUUUGGAUUUUAGUAAAAGAAACGCACCCUAUAGCAACAAAGAACAGAAAUGUGUUUUCAAGGAUGUUUUACAAGGCUUAAACAGUAUUAAAAGACUUUGUAAUUUCAAUAAGGUGUUAAAAAAUUUAAUCGAGAUGCCCCAAAAAUCAAACGUUGCCAGAAAUCAAGAGUCGUGGAUGAGAGGACAACAGACGUGCCCUCUAACAAUACAUUUUAACAUGAACAGUAAGGUCUGACGUCAGCAUACAAAGGCGCAACUGGUAGCCUCUCUCAGUCCAUUUAUGAGCUUACUGUACCCACCCAACCCUUGAUGUGAAUGAUGUGAUUUGUGAAGGUUGACCACACCACCGGGGUCUACGUCCCCUACUCUUUUCGAACAGUGCAUGGUGUGGGUUCUUUUACGUCCCACAAAAACCAGAUAAGUGUAAGUUCUGUGAGACGGGACCUACGGGUUUUUCGUCGUCUAACCGUUUGCAGAUGUCAUUACAAAGGUAGAACUUUCUUCUCAGUUAUUUAAAGACCCUGAGUGUUGGUCCGGCCGGGGUUCGAGCCCGUGACAACCCGCUCAGCAGACCGGCGCUCUCCCAACUGAGCCAAAGUUGCUUCAGGUAGCAAAAGUUGCCAAAAAGUUUCCGAACUUCCCACUUCAAUCAAUCUGGCCACUCGAUAAAAGACAUAGAACUUGUAGUAAACUAAUCCAGCGAACUGCAUGAGAUUGAGUUAACACUCCAAACAAGACACAUCAUGGCGGGUCUCAACGACAACCUUGUUCCUCACAGCAUUGUGGGUAAUGACAGAUCUCUUAGAGGGUGCUCAAUAUAUUACAACUUAAUCCACUGAACUUUAACCUACACUUAGUACGUCACGCCGUAAAACAAGAGAAGCUUUUCUCAUAAAUAGAGGCAAGACUCUUUCACCAGAUGGUUUAACCGCAAGGACGAACAUGCAUUGAACCGUGCCUUAUCAAUCACUCUAUUGUAUGAUUAUUUACCUAUCUAUAAUCAUGGUAUCUAUUGUUCUCAUUUUUAGUUAUUCAUUAACCACUUAUGUAAAUUUAAAUUCAAAUCUUAGGAGCCGUUGUAGAAUUUUUUUUUCACUGUAGCUCUGGCCCUGAGGAAGGCUAACUUUUUAGCCGAAUAUAAGCCUUAAAUAAAUCAGCCCCUUGCGGUACUGCCAGCCUUGCAUUCAGUUUUGUUUUAGGUUUAGAGUGUUUACGACGCAGGCUAAAUUUUUGUUGAUGAGGACCGGAUCGCAAUUACUUCCGGUUGUCGCUUUGCAGAGAGAAGUGACAAUCGGGCAUACGUCUGCAUUCGCAGAUCAAAGGGCAAAGGAAUGAUUGACUCCAACAAUAAGUGAACUAACUAUUAUCUAACUGCAACGUUUUGACAGAUGGUUUGCUAUCAACAUCUCUAUUGUCACUUACGUGCGCAACGCGCUACAAGUUACCAACCAAGGUCCCAAUCCUCCAGCGGUUAUAUAUCUGAGUGACGGCGGCCAUAUUGAAAACCUUGGUAUCCUGCCUUUGCUAAAGAAGAGACUGCAAAAAAUUGUAUCCAUAGAUGGAGGACAGUCCAUUCUAGACGAAGAUUAUGGGAGUAUUCUUUCAGAAGCUUUAAAUAUGGCAAGAAAGAAGCUGGAUUGUUCAUUUUCGGGAAUGGAUGGACGAGAUAUUGCUGAAGACAUUCGAGAGAAGUUUGUGGAGAGACGUCCUGGAUCACAGCCAUCUAGCUAUAGGUUCGUAACAAAACUGAUAGUUGAAUGCUUACAUUAGCGGGAUAUAGUUGGAGAGGUUGACUCAAUGUACCUUUAAUGAAACCAAGUAAACAAGCCAAGCGACGCGAAUGUCUGCCGCGCGCUUUGUCACAACACAACAUUUAUCUUCGUUACAUACGACCCACAGAUAAUGCACGGCAAACAAAUCGGCAAUAGAAAAAAACUUUUUGGAAAAAUAAGGUACACACUGAGUGAAACAAACUAUUAAAUAAUAUUAAAUUUUUUCCUUUGGAAAGUAAUCUUCCUCCCAGCAGACGGUGUGAAUGAUUUGUCUUAUAUGCUAAGAGUUUGACAAUAUUUUCGCUCUCAGUUGUCGAGCGCCAAAGCAGAUGUCACGCAAAAUUCCAUGAUCUCGUUCAUGAGAUAAUUAAGGGUAGCACUGAAUGAUGCAUAAUUUCAUUGCAUAUUUUCGGAAAGGAGGGAUUUCUUAAAAUCUUAUCGAGCAAAAUGACCUUGUAAAAAAGUUGCCUUGUUUCACGGUCGAACCGUAAAAGGGGCAGAUUCCAACAUCUUCAAGUGCAAACCGCGUUCUAUUUUUAAAACCCUUGGGUUAAUUGGAUCAAGUCGUAUUCUCUCAUAAACGAAUCACGAAAGCGGCAAAUUCAAAAGCUUUCACGACAAUACAACCCACAGUAAGGGCCUGAUCACAUGAGCCGGGGAAGCAAUGCGCAUGAACAGUGUGUUGCUCCGCUGUCCUGUUUCUCGCUUGGUUCAUUCACCGGGCAGCCCGGCAAGGGUGAUUUCUUGGAAAAUUUCCACCCGGGAUCCCGGCAUCACAAUAAUGGUAUCCCAGCUAACUGGGCUGGCUCGGUUGUCGUACAAUAGCAAAGUUGAUUUUUGUUGCGUUUAACUAAGGUGCAGAGAUCUCUGGAAAGCGAGCCAGCCCGGCUCGUGUAAUCAGGCCCUUAGUUCUAUUGUCAGUUUUUACGCCCUCCCCUUAUCCUCACCGAUUUUCAAAGCCCUCGUUCACACACACAAAAUUUCAGCCCGCAAUCCCCACCUUCUCUCAACAUCUUUAUACCCCCUUCUCUAUAUGAAAUGACCUUUUGGCCUUAUUCAUGUUCUCUCCAUACAAAUAUUAUAAAAAAGCGAAUCACCACGACUUCAUUUCAACACACUGAAACUAUACUAUCCCUUUAUAAACGAAUUAGCACUUCCACAACUACCUCACUGCAACACCUAAAAUCACAAAACAAUUAUUCUACGAGAAACAAGUUUCAUUGAUUAACAAACUACAGUCAUUAUCUUUACCAAGUAAUGUCCAAUACAAGUUCAUGCCUUCCCCUUCAUGCAUCCCCAACCCCUAGAUAUACAACGCUACUGCACUACUCACACAUCCCUAAGACACAUAAAUAACUUCUCACACGCCUAGUAUACGACGCUCAAAUGUACGCACCCACAGCGUCUUGUUUUGUAUACAUUUCGUGCCCUUCGAUGUUGUUUUUUGUUUUUUUUAUUCUAAACUUAGAUGCGGUCCUUUCAGAUUCAACCCCAGAAAAUUUCGCCAACAUUUGACAUAUUAAAGGCAACUGAAUAUGGUCGGCGAAGUUUGACACAGUGCGAAUUCACUUUUUAAGUGACGUUUUCGGUUUGUUGUAAUCCAGAAAUUUUGCUUCAUUGGCAACGUGAGAUAACGACUUCUCCUAUCUAUUGAGCACAUCUCAUGAAAACAAUUUUCCUGAAAAGUGAUUCCUGUCUGCAGAAAAUGAAAGGCUUCACUGAGAGUGAUAUGGAUAGUAUAAUUUAAAGCAUCUUUACCAUCUAAUAUCUUUUUUGCCACCCAAUUCGCCAGAUUUAAGGUGCAAUACUACCAGAAAAAUACCAACGGUGAAGGAAAAACCAAGGUUGGAGAAGGUGAAGUUCUCUACAUUGUCUCAAGACAUCCUGGCAAAGCUGCGAAGAAAACCAAACAGUAUGUAACCUGGGAGGACGCACUGCGUGACAUUAAAGUCGAACUGCCCACGGAUCAAUGGGGAACUGGGCCCGAAUUAAAGGCCGAAGAGGCUGACCGACUGACGUUUGGUUGCUGCGAAUGUUGCCAUGGAAACACAUGCCGUGGUUUCUCUGAAGCGAUGUGCGGGGCUUUUCCACAACAUUCAACGGGGAAUCAGUUUUUCACUCCAACCAUGUUUUCAGCGUAUCACAGGGAAGGUUACCGUGCAAGUAUGGAAGCUAAAGUAGAGGAGUUUCUGAAUGAAGAAUCCAACUCUUCCCAAUCAACGGCAUUCAUAGUCUAA